GGUCACCUUACAAAUAACUAUUCAUAGUAAUAAAUUCCUUUUAUCUACAUUCGUAGCACAGAUAUACGGCAGUUGGCACAAACAACUCACGAUAACUGAUUCAAUAUGGAAGCAGUAGUGUUUGAUGGAAAAUCUCUGAAGCUCUCUUACGAGAAAUCAUAUCCAAAGCCGCAGAUAGUGAACGACACAGAUGUCAUCGUGAAGGUGGAAUAUUCCGGUAUCUGCGGUACAGACGUGCACAUCAUACAGGGAGAGUUCCGCGCGAACAAGGAGCGCCCCCUACCGUUGGGCCACGAGUUCAGCGGCGUGGUACACCAGGUGGGCAAGGCGGCCAUCUUCAAGGUCGGGCAGAAGGUCGUUGUUGACCCUAACAGCUCAUGUCUGCUUUGUGAUUAUUGCCGUAAAGGCAACUACCAGCAUUGCUUGACCGCCGGCAUCAACAGUACGAUCGGCAUUUGGCGGGACGGCGGCUGGGCUCAGUAUUGUCGAGUGCCACAAGACCAAGUGUACGCGUUGCCUGAUGGAAUAACUACAGAGCAAGCUGGCCUCUGCGAGCCGUAUUCCUGCGUGUCACACGGGUUCGACCGCGCCUCGCCGCUGCUGGUCGGCGACAAAAUACUGAUAGUGGGAGCUGGUAUUAUUGGUAAUCUGUGGGUGACUGCUCUCCAUCACCAGGGACACAGGGAUGUGACCGUCUCCGAAAUGAACAAGUCGAGACUGGAGAUUGUCAAAAAAAUGGAUACUGGAUUCAGAUUAAUAUCACCAGACGUGCUGUCACAGGAGAAGCAACUGUUUGACGUGAUAAUAGACUGCACAGGUGUAGGAAAAGUGAUGGAAAUAAGCUUCGGUUAUUUGAAACCUGGCGGCAAAUAUGUCGUCUUCGGAUGCUGCCCACCGACUCAUCAAGCCACUAUCAAUCCUUUCGAAAUAUACGUAAAGGAGUUGACUAUCAUUGGAGUCAAGAUUAACCCUUACAGUUUCCCGAAGGCUAUUGGCUGGCUGAAGGCUAUGGGGAGCAGGUACGUUGACUACGAGAAGUUAGGUGUGAAGACAUACUCCUUAUCCGAAUAUCAGAACGCAAUGGACGAUUUAAAAGCAGGAAGCGUCUCGAAGGCGCUAUUCAAGAUCGUUUAAAUAAAUUUUGUAUUAUAAUUUUU